ACACAAGAUCUCCAGGGGUCCGUAGUGUCCUGGAGUUGUUUACCCCUUGAUAACAAAACAGACGAGGAAGAAGCCAGGGCUGCGCAGAAAGCUGCGCAGUUGGCGUGUCUUCGCUCAUGAAUGAUGGAGGUGAAUGUUUUGAUGGCAUCUAAGGACUGAGAAAAGCUCCUCUCUGUGGCGCGAACGCAGCUGCUGCAUCGUCGUGUUUGUGUUAUGUGCAACAACGAACCCGAGGCGAGUUUAAUCUGACUCGUCCACAAAGCCUCUGUCAGCUGGUAGCGUGUGCUGCGGCGGCCCCGCUAACAUUAGCUAGCGUCUUGAAGUUGGGACAGUCCUCCCUGCGAGGCCCUGCUGUACCCUGCUGUGUUUUUAUCACAGCACAGCUCCACUGGGGAGGGUUUAACACUCUGUCUGGCUAUAUUCAUCAAAGACUAUCCUACCUUUUAUCUGAAGCAAGCUCGUCGGAAAGCGUGAGUUCGGCUUCUUGAGACGCAGCCGAGGAGAAGUGGGUAUCCAUGUCCACGAGUUACUGCAGGUUAGUCAUCUCUAAUAACACCAGCAAACAUGUCUUUAGUCGCCUAUGGCAGCAGUGAUGACAGUGACUCAGAGGAAACCUCGACCUCUGCCGCACCGGAGAGCAGAGGCAGCUCGGGAGGGCUCUUCGCGUUCCUGCCUGCUCCUAAAAAACUGGCGUCGACAGGAGGGAGCUAUGGACCAAGCAGGGAGACAAAGGCGAGUCCUUCAGCGGGGGACAGCACGUCAAACGAUGACCUAGAUCCUCAGCCAUCUAAAGGAGGCUUAUUUGCCAGUCUGCCUAAGCCGAGGAAGCGAACAGAGCCCGUCAAGAUCACUGUACCACAGAUCCAGAGACGGGAUUCCGACUCUGAUGACGAUGAACCAGCAAAGAAGAAACUACAACCUCAGGGUUCAGGUUCAGGCCUGUCCUCCCUUCUACCACAACCCAAAAACCUGACGGUGAAGGAGCUCGACAGACUUUUGAUUCCUCAUGCACUCACCAAGCGACAAGAACCCAAAGGACCCAAGCCUGGGACACCCGCUCAGGGUCUGCUCGGUUCUAGUGCAUCCCCUUCUGCCAUCAAAGCUGCAGCAAAGUCGGCCGCGCUACAGCUGGCUAGACAAAUAGCCACCGACGACCAGGACGAGGAGGACAUAACCCCACAGAACUACUUUUCUCUGGGCGAGAGCUCCCAGCCCCUCCCCGCAGUCAUCCCAAGCUUAGAGCCCGAGUCCGGAGCCCCUGCAGUGCUUCCCCCUUUUUCACCUGCAGAUGAGCCCGGUCAGUCAGACGCCCCUCUCGACUUUGGAGGGAACCAGGAGGGAGCUGGAGCAUGGGGAGGUCAAUAUCCUCAGUACGAACAGCCCAUGGCAGGCCCAGAUGGUUUUCCUCCGGGAUAUUACAAUGAGCCAUACUACCAGGAUCCUAACCCCGGACUGUCAGAGGCUGAAGAGCCAGGCCACUCUGCCAUGUUUGAUGAUGAAGCGUUCAUGCGGCUGCAGGGGAAACGGAACCGUGGCAAAGAGGAGGUGAAGUUUCUGGAAAUCAAAGGGGACGACCAGCUGAGCGGCAACCAGCAAUGGAUGACCAAGAGCAUGACAGAAGAGAAGCAGAACCGUCAGUCUUUCAGCAAGAAAAAAGGAGAGCAGCCUACAGGACAACAGCGACGCAAGCAUCAGAUAACAUAUCUCAUUCACCAGGCAAAGGAACGUGAGUUGGAGCUGAAGAACAACUGGGCAGAUAACAAGCUCACCCGCAGACAGACCCAGGCCAAAUAUGGUUUCUAAAUGUCAUUCUGUGGACUCCUGGGGGACGUGCGGAAACCUUGCAUCAGAAAGUAGAGUAGGGCUUUCCAGAUUUCCCUACACAAAAGGGAAAAGUCUGUUUGGGAUGAAGCUAUACAUACCUUGAUCCGAGUUUUCCCUCCUGGCCUCCUUCCUGUAUUUGUGUUGAAUUGUUUAAUAUUCAGUAGUUCUUUUGGUCAGCUGUUUUAUAAGGUGUCACUGUACAGAAAACCCAGCCACAAUAAAUAUAGGCGCUUUACCUACAUAAAAUAUAACAGUGUUUUUGAUGGUACCUGCAGCCAGUCAGUGGGAGGGACGAAGUUAUGUGACCCUGAAGUGGCCGUUUCCUUUUGAACGUGUAUGCUUCCUGUUCACACAGCGAACACCGAUAUGUAUAUGACUCCUUUUUUUUUUUUUUUUUUUUUGAUCAACAAAUGACUCUACAAAACAGGUUUGGUUCUCUGGCAGUUGUAUAAAUGUUAGUGAAAUGAACUGGAGUCAUUAGAAAGCUCUGACACGUGACAUAUUUAUACAUUGGAUCGACGACUUUGUAAUAAAAAAUAAAGAUGGCUCCUGGUAUACAUGCUGCAGGUCCUCAUGCAACUCAUUAAAUUAAAGGGUGUAAGAUCUGUCCAUGA